UCUCGCUGAUAGGAAUGAUGAGGGCCAUAUGUUUUGAAACCCAUUUGGCAAGCGAUGAUUAUUGACACUAAAACACAGCGUUGGAAUUGUAGUUCACACAGCCAGCCGUGGGCGAAGAUGGCUACGUUUUACCUUAGUUAACCUCAGCAUGCUAAGCAUAGAGUUGCAGUUUGUUAGCUGCUGUUUAAAAGAAUGUCAAGAAUUCCAAGAUUGAUGAUAGUUCAUGGUUGACUUAACAUUUUCUGACAAAAGAUGUAUCAUCAGAUAGAACAGGUGAGCUAUUGAUUCUAAUGAUGAUGCUUUCUUUGCUCUCACCCUCAGCAAUUAGAACUCAUCACACCUUUCCAACUAUACUUCAACCCUGAUUUGAUACUAAGGAAUUAUCAGGUGAGUACAUGCAAUCAUCGGUCAUUUAGCUACUUUAUCAGAUAUGAAAAACAUUUUGGAAUUUUUAAUCUUAGGCCUACUGUGUAUAAGCAUUUUUAAAAAAUAAGUGAGAUGCAAGGUUGAAUGAUUUCUUUGUUCUGUCUUGUAGGUAUGGAGACUCAUAACCAACUUUCUAUUUUUCGGUCCAAUUGGCUUCAACUUCCUUUUCAAUAUGAUUUUUUUGUAUCCUUUUUCUGUUGCACUUGUCUUGCUGAGUGUACUUGUGAAAUUGAUAUUUUGCAUAUUUUUCAAUCCCUUUGAUUGGAAGCACUAUGCGACUCAUAAAAUGCUUGUCUUGAACAAGAAGACUAGCCAUGUUUCAUUUAUUUGUAAUCUUGAUGCAACUGUCUAAUCAUAAUGAAUUAUAGGCUAAGUAUUUGCUUUGCCCGUGGCAGAUUUCCUUAACCAUUGGCUUCCAGGUACCGAUACUGUCGUAUGCUGGAGGAGGGCUCAUUCAGGGGCCGCACCGCUGACUUUGUCUUCAUGUUCCUCUUCGGUGGCCUUCUGAUGACUGUAUCCUUGUAACAACUGUUACUUUCAUGGUCUUAGUUGAUACCUUUACGAGAAGCUCUUGAGCAACAGUCACAGUCAUUGCCACCUAGUUUUCUUUCUUUUUUUAGCUGUGUUUAGGCUAGUUCUCAUACUGAGAAUCAAUCAGUUGGUUGGCUGCAGUUGGCGGCAGGUAGCCUAGAGGUUAAGAGCCUUGGGCCAGUAAUUGAAAGGUCGCUGGUUCGAAUCCUCGAGCUGGCAAGGUGGGAAAAUCUGCCGUUAUGCCGAUUACGUCAGUUAAGGCAGCCCCCCGCACCGCUCUGAUUCAGAGGGGUUGGGUUAAAUGCAGAAGACACAUUUUGAUUGAAUGCAUUCAGUUGUGCAACUGACUAGGUAUCCCCUUUCCUUCCUUUCCUAAGUAAGAGUAAAUCAACUCAAAUAAUGCUGUAUGCCACAAUUCAAUCUACCAAUCACUUUUUUCUCAGUAAGCACAUAGAUAUUUGGCACCUUUGUGAGUCUGGUGUUCUUGGGCCAAGCCUUCACCAUCAUGCUGGUGUACGUGUGGAGCAGGCGCAACCCCAACGUUCGCAUGAACUUCUUUGGCCUGCUGAACUUUCAGGCGCCCUUUCUCCCUUGGGUGCUCAUGGGAUUCUCUCUGUUGCUGGGCAACUCCAUCAUUGUGGAUUUACUAGGUACCAGUCGCCCUAACCACCAUAACUCAUUUCUGUAAUGCAUCAAUGUUAUUAAUGGCGUUAAGAUCCAAAAUGUUGUUGCCUUAUUGACCAUUGAGGAGUGGUGACUAGUCGGGUCAAUGCUGUGUUCCCUUCCCUAAGGUAUCGCUGUGGGUCAUGUGUACUUCUUUCUGGAGGAUGUGUUCCCAAACCAGCCAGGUGGUGGCAGAUGGCUCAAGACUCCCUUUUUUCUGUAAGUUUGAUAUGGUUCUAGUACAGUCCAAUAAUGAAUUUGUCUUAUGAUAGAAACUGCAGUGUUUACCCCACAAGUCUGUGGAGAGAUGGUAAUGUUGCUGGAGAGACAGGGGGCACACACACAAAUGGCAGUAAGCUUGAUACAGAGUAAACAAUAGUUAUAAAUAUAUGGAAAUUGCCAACAUUAACAAUGUUAUAACCAAUGUUUUGACAAGGUGUUCUCAAGGUAUGCUGUCCUUGGGAGAGGCCAUGACAAAAUGUUGUCUAUGCUGAUUGAUAAUAUUCUAGAAAAGGAAGGGCACAUCAAUAGCUCUUUAAUAAAAGUAGAAAUAUACCAUCCAUUUAUCAGAUGAGCAACAUAUAAUCUAUUAUUAAAAGUAUCUUAAGCAUAUUGUACUGUGUUUUGGUUUGUAUAUGUAGAUCCUUCACCUGUCUCUGUUAUUCUCUCCCCCACAGUAAGAUGCUGUUUGACACUCCAGAGGAGGAUGCCAACUACAACCCCCUUCCCGAGGAGCGUCCAGGGGGGUUCGCCUGGGGAGAGGGACAGCGCCUCGGGGGUUAAUUUAGCCCCCCACCACAGGAUCACUUUAUAAUGGACGUUGCCUCAGAGAGAGAGAGAGGGACAAACUUGGUCUUUUUUUCCGACUUGUUUCUCUAGUUCUGGAUGGAAAACGCCAAUCUCCAACCAGAGCUUUUCGGAGAUUGGCGUGUGGCUUACAUCUCCCUCAAACUGUUCUAUAAGCCAGACUGUCACUUUAAGACCACAUAAGCGGACAUAACAACAGGAAGUGUCAUUUGAUGGUAAACCUUUAGCUGUGUUGACAUUUGGCUUUAUUGCUGUGGGGAAAAAAUGAGGCUCAACAAUAUUGUCAAAUAACAGGAAACAACAGCGGA